UUUGCCAGGUGGUUGCAGUUUUCGGUUUCAUUAUUUUCCAAUCCGGGCGAAACAAGGCGAUGACGCAAGCAUAGUGGUAAUAAUAACAUUUUAGAUCGGCUGCGAAAAAUAGUUUCGGUCACGAUUGCAUGCGUUUUAAAAUGCUGAUAUGUACUGUUAGUCGUCACAAAGACAGUGGUAAAGAGGAGGCGCAUGAAAACAAUGGCAGUGGUGAUGAAUUAGCAUUUGAAGAUGUGCCUGCUGAUGAUGUAUCUGCAUCAUCUCCCCAAUCACCUGGAUUUUCACCACAUGCUUCACUAUGCUCACCACACAGAACAAAAAGGAGGGAACGUACUUGGUCGUCCUCAAAAACUGCCGGUUCUUGUGAGCCUGUGUUGAGGACUCGACAAAGAACAAUCUACACUGCAGGAAGGCCUCCUUGGUAUGACACUCAUGGACAGCUCGUUGAACCAUUUCUUAUAGGUAUAUGUGGAGGUAGCGCAUCUGGAAAAACAACAGUUGCAAGAAAAGUGAUAGAAGCUCUAGAUGUGCCAUGGGUUACGUUAUUGAGUAUGGACUCUUUUUACAAGGUCUUAGAUGAGAAACAUCAUAUGUUAGCUAAGCAAAAUGACUAUAAUUUUGACCAUCCAGAUGCCUUUGACUUUGAUUUGCUCAUAGAAACUUUACGUAAGCUAAAAGAGGGCAAAAGUGUAGAUGUUCCUAUAUAUAAUUUUGUUACACAUGCCAGGGAAAAAAGGAUGAAAACCAUGUAUGGUGCAAAUGUUAUCAUAUUUGAAGGUAUACUUACUUUUGCUCACAAGCAGCUUGUUGAGAUAAUGGAUAUGAAAGUAUAUAUUGAAACUGAUUCUGAUAUACGACUUGCUAGAAGAUUGAGGAGGGAUAUUAUGGAUAGAGGAAGGGAUUUAGAAGGUGUUUUAAAGCAGUAUGAGAAGUUCGUCAAACCUGCCUUUGACUACUACAUAGCUCCCACAGUGCAACAUGCUGAUUUAAUUGUUCCUAGAGGUGGAGAAAAUGAAAUAGCUAUCUCUCUCAUUGUGCAACAUGUCCAUACUCAGUUACAGCUAAGGGGUCUAAAAUUAAGGACUAAGCUGAUACAGUGCCAUACAGAUCAGCCAUUGCCUGAAGCUCUUUGUAUUCUUCCAUCCACAGCUCAAAUAAAAGGUCUGUAUACUUUCAUCCGAGACCAAAAUACUCUUAGAGAUGAAUUCAUCUUUUACUCCAAGCGAUUGAUGCGUCUUCUCAUUGAAUAUUCUCUUUCUCUCCUUCCUUUUAAGGCAGUUACUGUUGAUACACCUCAAGGAGUUGCUUACCAAGGAAAGAGGAUAGCUACAGAAAAAAUAUGUGGUGUCUCAAUUUUGAGGGCUGGUGAAACAAUGGAACAAGCACUGUGCGAUGUUUUGAAAGAUGUUAGGUUAGGAAAAAUACUUAUCCAAACAAAUCAAGACACUGGGGAACCAGAGUUGUAUUACUUACGUCUGCCCAAAGACAUAAAAGACUAUUUUAUUAUACUCAUGGAUGCUACUGUUGCAACUGGUGCAGCAUCAAUGAUGGCAAUUCGCGUUCUUCUCGAUCAUGAUGUUCCUGAAGAAAAUAUUAUGCUUUGCUCUUUGUUAAUGGCUGAAUCUGGUGUUCAUAAUAUUGCAUAUGCUUUCCCUAAAGUAAAGAUAGUCACAUCUGAAGUAGAUCCUGAAGUUAAUGAUAGGUUUUACAUUAUGCCUGGAAUAGGUAAUUUUGGGGACAGAUACUUCGGCACUGAAGUUUUUUAGCUUAUAAUUCGUUCAGAAGUUGCAAAAAGAAUAGCUAAGUAAAUUGCAACUAUUUUGUUUUUUGAUGAAUUUACUUAUUUUUAUGACAAACAUAAAAUCUGUUGUAUAAGCAAGAAAAAUAGUGUGAUAUUGAAUCUCGGUAAAAUUAAUUCAGUAAAUGUUUUGGAAAACAUUUAUUGCAUAUUUCAUGCACUUGGAAAGUGAAUAAUUUGAGUUCCAGUCUAUACCUUUGCUACUAAAUGUUCUUAUAUGAUUUUAGAACUUAUUUUAUUUGAAACUGUUGAUAGUUACUUGUAUGAUCAUGUAUUUAUUUAAACAAAUGUUUACUCAGUUUAUUCUAAAUGUGAUUUUUAUGUUUAAAGUUGUAAUGACACAUUCAUGGAUUAACUAUUUUAUGAUCUCUCUUAUUGUUGUAGUUCAAGUUUUAUUAUGAAAUCUUUGUUUUUCUUUCAAAUUGUAUCCUUAAAUAAUGAUUAUUAUAGUACAAGUAUCAAGUUAAAGCCGAAAAUAUUUGAAACACACAACACACACACACAAAAAAAAACUGUUAAUCUUUUGAUUUGUGCAUUAUUUUUUCAAAACACAUUUUACUUGAUUGAAGAAUAAACUUCAAAAUAGCUAUAUAGCGUUGUUUUAGUUAAUUUAAUUCAACGUUUUAAUUGAAAAUGUGAAAAUUAAGUGCAAUUAAAUGUUCUAUAAAGGAAUUAUUCAGCAAGUUCAGUGUAUUUUAUUUUGAAUAAUAACACAAGAAACACCACAAAAUUUGAAUUAAAAAAAAAGGAAUGAUUGCUUAAAAUAUAUAUGUUUUUAAUUGUAUGUAAAAUAUUUUUUAGAAUUAAAAAUAUAUAUUAGUUAAUCUAUCUAAAAUUUAUUAAAUCCAGUAAAUAUUAUAUCAAUAUUUUUUAUAUUUGAUAGAGUAAAGAAUCAUUUUAACUUUGACCCUGCUCUCUGUUAAUUGUUUUUUAAAUGCAAGUUGAAACCUUACUUGUAAGUAAGUGGAAUAAUUUAAUAUUUACAAUAUCACACACACACAAAAGAAAUAAAACAAUUGUAAAAAGAUUGUCAUUUAUAUUAACUUAAUGAUAAUUGUUUGUUUUCUGAAAUCAAAAUUAAAAACUUCAAAAAAAAAAGGAUAAAAAGUUUUAAUGACAUAGAGAAGGACCGAUACGUGUCUUCUAUGCCUGUCAACAUUUUCUUAUGCCCCAUUAUGUGUUCUAAUGUGUUUACUUAUCCCAUUCUCUAAAGCAUUUCAUAUUUUAAUUUAUAUGAAUUUGAGUUUCCUUUGCUGUGAUAAAAGAUUUAGCUGUAUUAUUCCCUGGAGAAUUUCCAUUCUAUUGUAAAUCUUAAAUGUUCUCAGGUUCAGAUAUCUUUAUAUCAAAUCUUAUAAGAUAUGAAAUAAAUUUUUUGCUGAA